AUGGGAAGCUGCCUUUCAUCAACUUCCAUCAUACUGGAGCAUCAAAAACAUAAACAAUACAUUGCUCAAAAUGAUACCCACUCCUUCUUCUCUCUACCCAUACGAUCCCCCAGACACUCCGCAGAAUUAAAAAGAUCCACUUCCAAACCAAAGAGACAUUCCAGACGGAGAGGCCUCUCCAACGUCUCUCAAUCCCAGCCUCAACCAUUAACUCAAGCCCCUUCAAUAACACUUUCUCAGUCAUCAUCGGGUGCUCCUUCAACGAAGGCACUCAAAGAGUUCUCAAAAAGUUAUUUGGGAACAAGACGAGAUGAAACCACACUCGAAGAUAUUUCCUCUCUUUCGGACGGAAGAGGGUUUUCAUUCAAUAGUCGAGGAAGCAAUUCCUCUCUGGUGCUUCCAAAAGUGCCUUCCACAACAAGUUCAGGCCUUAACAAAUGCGCAAGCAACAUCUCCACCGGCUCAAAAGAAGGAGCACAUGCUCUCCUGACUGUGGGCUCUACCUUGUCUAACAGCGAUCGAGGAGUGUCCUUGAAAUCUAUUUCUUCGCAUGACAGUAAAGGAAAACUGCUGGUUCCUGGAGUAGUAGAGAACAGGAGAUUGAGCACCUUGGAAUCGGGCUCACAGAAACACUUGAAUUCAUCCACAGCGGUCAAUGAAGAUUCUCAUGCGACACUUGCCACCAGGACAAGCCAAAAACAUGUGCUCAAUGAACAAAAAGAAGAUCCUUCGAAGAAUCAAACGCAACAACCAUCCACAACAUUAACACCCGUAAUCACCAUUCCCUCAUCAAAGAAUUUGUCUCACCUCAAAAAACGACGAAACACAGAUGUGACAUCCAAUGUGCCUCGUCUAAUUGUUUAUGAUACCACCAAUAGCUCUGACUAUUUAACUGCUGAUCGAAACGAAAAUACAACCUCUGACAAUGAAGAGGAUGAAGACUGCUAUAUUUUUGCUGACUCGUUUUACUUUGGUUCUUUUGAGGAGAUCGGAAAUUCUCCCUCGAAAAGCAGAAGUUUCAAUGAACGAAACAAAAAUCCUAAAGUCAUUCAUGCAUUUUCUCUUAGACAAGGAAUUGAAGUUCCAGACUCUGACUCGGACGAUACUGAUAGCCAAAGCUCAGGUAUUUCGCAAACAUUUUCAUUCUCAUCUUCCAAUGUGAGUGACUGUUACAAUUCGAGUCAUUUAGGAGCAUUUGCAACAGAGGAUGAGAUGAGGAGAUUUGAAAUGGAUGAAUACAUUAACCUUAGAACUAUAAUAGCUAAUGAGGAAUUGGAACAACUAAAGCUCUAUGAAUUUCCUCCUUGGGCCAAGAGAUUUUCGAGCGAGAAUGAUGAGGCAAAGGACGACGAUCACUUUUCGUGA